AUGGACACCGACCUUCCAGUCCCCCUGUCUCCGGGCUUUCUCAAAGUAACCAGGGUACGUGCUCAAGUCUGCCCCAGGAUGUGCGCCCCUAACUUGCCCCUUCGCAACUCGGAACCCAGUGCGAGAGGCGAGCGGGGCUGGCCCUCCUGGUCCGCCCUUCGCGGGAUCUCCUUUGCAGGGCCGCCAGCGGGUAAGCAGUGCCGUGGUGACUGCGAGUUGGGCCUCUGGAGCCCCACGGCUGCCGAGGCACCGCCCAAGAAGUUCCAAGCAGUGUCAGGUUUCAGUAGAACUGGUUUCAUUUCCCAGUUCCAGGACUGUCCUUGCUGGGCCAGGCAAUUCCAAAUGAAAGCUGUAGGAGUUGUUGGGGGUGGUUUACUUCUACUGGCAGUUAAGUUCUGUUAUGUGUUUACCUGUACAGGAGCCGAGGGUCUUGGCCCUGAAUUUUGUAUUCCAGAAAUCCCCAGAAACUACCUAGACAAAAAAGAUAUUAUAAAGGCACCAAAAAGCAGACAGAAUGGCACAUUGCUAGUGUUUGACCCAAAGGAAAAAGUGAUGAUUGGCCCAAAUAAAUCACUGUCACAAAAAUGCUGCUUUGUACGAAGACCGAGAUUGGCGAGCAAGCUUUAUAGUUCCCCAACACAGAUCUCCCUGGGUGUGGCUAAUAAGUUCUCAGCAAAAAAAGAAGCCUCUUCAAAGAAGAUGGAAGAUAAAGUCUCUUUUAAAAGUACUGAAAACAGACCAUCUUCCAGGAGUAUUAAAAAAAAGGAUGUCUUAACAAGUUGGCAGUCUGACCUGUGGUCAUCUUCCUUCCUAACAGAAAUUGCAGGGGAAGCAGGCAAGGAUGCAAUCCUUGGGAAGCAAGAUAAAAGUAGUGAGUAUUUCCUUGAGGACAUUGAGGAGAAGCUGUCGGAUUCAACAGACGGCGAUGGUGAUGAUGACACAAAUGAUGAUGAUGACGAAGGCCCCACUAAAAAGGAGACCCGUGCCCCACUAGAGUUAAUGGCAGAAUUCCUGAGAGCAGAAAUGGGCCGAGACUACCAGCUGGCCAAAAAGCUAUGUCAGAUGAUCCUAAUCUAUGAACCAGAAAAUCCUGUGGCCAAGGAAUUUUUCUCACUUAUUGAAGAAAUAUUGCUGAAAGAGAAAGCACAGAAACAUGAGGAAGAUGACGAGGACAGUGAAGAGGACACUAGUAGUGAGAGUGAAGCAGAAAGCAGUGAGGACGCGAGUGAUGACAGCUCCGACGAAUGUGAAGAUGGGUCCUGAAGGUCUCUGCUGUGGAGAAUUAUUUUCAAGAGUGUAUGCCAUGCAAAUGCAAAUAUAAGGAAGAGAGCUUC